AUGAUAGUGAAGGAAAUUGUGGUGAAGAAGAAAGAAGACAGAGGAGGGUUAAAAGUGAAAUGGUUCUGUGACCGGAGAAGGAUAAAGAAGGAGGUGAAGGAGAGGUUUUUUAACGGUGGGAAUUGGCCAAUGAGAGAAGGGCAACAUGAAGCAAAGAGGGAGGAGGAAGUGACACUUGGAUUUUGUACUGAGCGUCGGCUCAAAGAGAAAGAGCGAAAACGACAAGAAGAGGAACAACAACAACAACAGGAGGAAGACCAGAAGCAGAAGCAGAAGCAGAAGCUUGAAGAUCUGGAUUCGGUGGCUGGGAAAGUUGAAGCUGAGUCUGAGUAUCGGUGUCAUAGUUGUUGGAGGUUGAGAAGGGGAUUGAGGGGAGAAGCUUCGGUGAGGAAGGAGGACGAGGUCGCUGGAGGCGACGUUGCGGAUCAAGAGGGAAAGGGAGAAGAAAAGACGAAGAAGAAGAACAAAAAGAAGAAGCGGAAGGGCAAGAAGCGUAGUUUCGCGGCAGAGUUGGAGGUUGCUGGAGAGGGAGUUGUGGCGGAGGCGCCAUUGGCGAGUGUUGAGAAGGAAGACGUACCGAAAAGUGGGAGCCGAGAAAGCAAAGGUGAAGCUAGCGCAGAGAACGAUAGUUUGGAUCAGGUCAGUAAUGUUGAACCCAAAUCGAGGGCUUCGUCUGUGAAUGGUGGAAUUGGCAAAAGGAAUGAGGGUUUGAGGAGGAAUGGAGAGAGAAGGAACCCAAAAAGGAGAGGAAGCAGAGAUAAAACUAGGGCAGAAAACGCACCAAAGUUUAGUGCUCUGUCUGUGAAUGGCGGGAUUGUGAAGGUGACUGACGAAUUAGGGGAAAAUGCUGAGGUAAAUAACAAAGGAAGCAGAGGAACCAGAGGUGAGACUGGGGCAGAGAGCAUUGGUUUGGAUCAGACGGCUUAUAUUGAACCCAACUUUAGGGCUUUGUCUGUGAAUGGGGUGCCUGGAAACAGGAAUUAUGGAUUGAAGAGGAAUGGGGAGAAAAGAAACCAGGGAAGUGGAAGAACUAGAGGUGAAACUAAGGCAGAGGGCAAUAAUCUUGAUCAUGCGGCUCAAAAUGGACCUGAAUCUAGUACAUCAUCAGUAUAUCGUGGGAUUGGCAGAGGGAGUAAUGGAUUGAGGAGAAGAGGUGCUUAUCACAGUCAUGGUUAUCUGGGAUUUGAGAGAUUUGGUCACCGGGAAGUAUGGAACCCGAAAGAUAGUAGAAUGGUGUGGGUGAAGAAAGGAGAGGUCUCUGAUGGUAAUGGGUCCGAACACUAGGAUCAAAGUCCAAAGAGCAGUAAUGCUGUAUCUGAGAAUAUUUGACAUUUAUGGGAUACCAUUUCUGAGGCGAGAAAGGAUCCUUGUAUUUAGUGGUAAAGUAUUCUGUGAAGAUAAUCGAAGUAAAUGAUAAACAUUGGAAAUUAUCAUAUAUUUGAAGUAUAUAUCUUUAUUAUUUCGAUACAGACGAUUGUUUAACUUUAUCAUCAAUUUCUCUAUCUUACUAGCAUAA